GUCAUAAUUCAUAUCCAAUGAGACCCCGCCCUGUCCACGAUGCACCGCUGACCAUCACUCUCAUCGGUCUCUACUGUAGCAGUGGCAACGCUUCCAUGGCGACUGACUAGAAAAUCGUUUUACCAGUUCGACGAGCCGGUUAGCUCCUGUCAGAGAGCUAACGGGCGUAUUAUGAAAUGGGAUGAUGUAGCGGGACAAUUCUUUGGACGAACUGCGCAGUACUUUAGCAUGCUAAGCUAACGUGAAGUCUAUAGCCGUUAGCCGUUAACGCAGGCUAGCAUUCACCUGCUAACUAACUGACGCUGUAUAGCUAACAGGAUGGACCGUGUGAAGGAAAGCGAGUCUGGAGCGCUUUUAACUUCACAAACACCACAGGGGACACCGGAAUCUAACGGUGACGGUAGCUCCGUGAAACCCGGUGGGUUAACGCCGCUGUCUGCUGGAAAGAGACCUUCCAUCGGGGAAGAUGACGGCAGCGGCGCUGAGGCGAAGCUCUUCGGGAAGGGACUGGCGGCCACCUCCCUUCUCCAGAUUGCGAUAAGAAAUGGGAUCUAUCAAAACCAAGUUGCCAACGCUAUCGGCGGCGCGGCCAAAAAUAUGAACAUACCCGCCGUGAAAACAGCCAACAUUUACACUCUCACAUCUGUCAACAGCACCACUUCUGUCAACUCUUUGCUGGGCAAGAGGCGGCAGCGGCACAAGAGGAAUCUGUCGCUGGGGGCUCCGCCGACCAGCAGCUCCUCCGGGUUGUCCUCUGCGGAGGCGCCCAGUCCCGCUCCCUCAGCCUCGCCGCUGAGCACCCUCAGCUUGGAUAGGAAGACCUUUCUCCGGCAAAAGCAGUCCAAGCAGCUCCAGGCCUCAGAUAAAUCAUGGGUGAGAUCGGACCUCCGGCGGGGCUGUAUUCACGUCCACGACUGGCUCACGCCCUGUUACCCGCGGCCGGUGUUGUGCACAGCGGACACUACAGCUCAAGAGGUAGCCAGUAAGCUGGAAGGGAGCAAAGCUGGGGCUGUCUUGAGAAUUAACUGUAAAACUACUGCUUUAGCUGACCAAAAUGAUCAUUGUAAGGAUAAUAAUGGACAGACUGAUGACAUCAGAACUCUUAGUGACAGUGUGUAUGUCAAAAACCUCAAAGCAGAAGAGAAUGAGGCUCUGCAGUACAGCAGCAACACUAAACAGUGUUAUCCUGAUACCAAACUGUCUUCUAACUUGUUUUUGGAUGAUAAAACGGCAAGCAACUCUUCAUCAGAGGUCUACCUGAAUGACAUCGGGGUGGAUUUGAGCCUCAGUGUGGCAGACUGUUAUGGAGUCUACUCGGGGUCAGAUAUGGAGAGCAGCACCUGUGAGGACUUCAGCCCAAGUGGACCCAGAAGCACAGAGCACCGGGACUCACUCAGUGACGGGCUGGGUUUGGGCACAGACUCCUCAGUGUUGAGCCCCAACUGUGACAGCGCCACAGAGGGACCCGACCCAUUUGAGAGCUCCUCAGACGAAGUAGAUCUCAAUUCUGAUCCGGCACAUUCAACCAGCAACUCUGCUGCAGACCUUCCCACCACCACCACCACCACCACCACAGACCCCUGUAAUGCUUCCAACCAAGCGACAAGCACACAAGACAAUGAAGCUGGUGAUAGUGCAGAUUCCCCAAAAUUAAUCAGUCCCCCCUCCAAAUGCUCCAGCAGCUCUCAGACCCGGCCCCUGACCAGCCAAGCAUCUGUCCAGCCUGACCCGGAGCUCCCCGAGGGGAGCAGAGAAUGGCCAGAACCCAUCAAUACUAGUCCGACCCCAGCCCUCUUUCUCCAGCUGCAUGGUGGAGCUGUGCGGCGGCUGGGAGAUGAUGAGAAACCCCUGCAGAUAUUAAACGAGUACCUCAUUAAUCUGGGGUUUGAAGACCCAUGCAGGGUGCAGGAGGAGGCAAUGAAUCCAGAAAUCGGCUGCCUGAUUCGCUUCUAUUUCGGAAAGCCUCGGAGCGUGGGAGGUACUGAGCGCGUGCAGCUUUCUGGAGUGUUCAACGUGCGGAAAGGGAAGCUGGCACUGCCGGUGAACCGCUGGUCAAAGCGUCAGGUCACGCUGAGCGGGACCUGCCUCAUUGUCUCGUCCGUGAAACACGCCCACACGGGCAAGAUGCACAUCCUCCCUCUCAUCGGAGGAAAGGUGGAGGAGGUGAGGAGACACAGCCACUGUCUGGCUCUCAGCUCAGCUGGUCCUCAAAGCCAGACCUAUUACAUCAGCUACGACUCCUACACAGAGCACCUCCGCUGGCACAGGACGGCCUCAAAGAUUGCAUCCCAGAGAGUGAACUCAGUCGACCUGUCGUGCUGCAGCCUAGAGGAAUUGCCCGCUCAGCUGUUUUACAGCCAGGACCUCACCCACCUCAAUCUCAAAAGCAACUUCAUGUCCCCGCACAAAGGUGUUCCAGCACUCACCAGGUUUUGUAAACUGAGAAGCCUCAGUCUGUCAAAUAACGCUCUGUCUGAGUUUCCUCUGGCCUUGUGUGACAUCACCUCCCUCACAGAGCUAAACUUGUCUGGAAAUCGUCUCUCGUCUCUGCCUGCAGAAGUUGGAACCAUGCACAACUUGCAGACUCUUCUUCUGGACGGUAACCUUCUGAGCUCUCUGCCUGUGGAUCUGGGCUCUCUGGAGGGCCUGACCUACCUCGGCUUGUCCUUCAACUGUUUCAGCUGCGUCCCUCCAAUCCUGGAGAAGCUCAGAGGCUUGGAGAGACUCUGUCUGGCAGGGAACCAGCUCUCUGUCCUGAAUAUGGCGGGGCUGCAGUGGCUGCCUGCUCGCCACAUAGAUCUCAGGCUGAACCGGCUUCAAACGGUGACAGUAGGAGACACGGAGCAGCUGGUCCACAUCGUCCAGCUGGACCUGAGGGACACUGGUCUACAGGAGCUGGAUGUCAGGCCUCUCUGUAGGCUGGAACUCCUCCGCUGUGACAGAAACACUCUCUCCCUCCUCAGAGUCAGCGGUCACGCCCUCAAGAGCCUGCACGCUGCACACAACGAGCUGAAACAGCUGGAGGUGCAGCCGGUGCCAGAGAAUCUGACUGUUCUCGAUUUGUCCUGGAACAAGCUGGACUGUGUCCCUGACUGGGUGUGUGAGAGCAGCAGACUGGAAGUUUUAGACAUCAACCACAAUUCUGUUACUGAGCUGCCCAUACAGCUGCUGUCCAGUGGGAGCCUGAGAAAGCUGCUGGCAGGCUGGAACGAUGUGUGUCGGCUGGCUGAGAGGCUGGAGAGAUCGCAGCUAGAGGUCCUGGAUCUCCAACACAACCAUCUGAUCGAGCUCCCACACAACCUGUUCAUCAAAGCACAGAGCUUGAGAUACCUAAAUGUGUCGGCCAAUAAGCUGGAGAACCUCCCUGCGGCCAGCCUAUCAGACGACAGUUUCAGCAGCCUGGAGGAGCUCUAUGUGACCAAUAACAACUUGACAGAUAAGUGUAUCCCUCUCCUGACGGGACACGGCCACCUCAGAGUGCUUCACCUCGCCUACAACCAGCUGCAGACCUUCACCGCAAGUAAACUGGCACAACUGGAGCAGCUGGAGGAGCUGGACCUGAGCGGCAACAGACUGAGAGCCGUACCCACCACCAUCCUGAACUGUCAGCGCAUGCACACGCUCUCCGCCCACUCCAACUGCAUCAACGCCUUCCCCGAGGUCCUCCAGCUGCCUGAGAUCAAGUGCGUGGAUCUGAGCUGCAACGAGCUGACCGACAUCAAUCUGCCGGAGUCGCUUCCUCAGAAGCUCCAGGAGCUGGAUCUCACAGGAAAUCCCCGUCUCAACCUGGACCACAAGAGCCUGGAGCUCCUCAAUAAUAUCCGAUGUUUCAGGGUGGAUCCGUCCCCGUCUGCUCCGUGCGUGAGCGAGAGUCACGGGGCUCCUGCAGUCUGGAGUCACGGCUACACAGAAGCCUCCGGAGUCAAAAACAAGCUGUGUGUGGCUGCUCUGGCCCUGGACAGCUUCUGCGGGAUCCGGGAGGCCCUGUACGGAGUUUUCGAUGGAGACAAGAACGUCGAGGUGCCUUAUCUGCUGCAGUGCACUAUGGGAGACGUGCUAGCGGAGGAGCUACACAGGGGCCAGAGGCAGGAAGACUACAUGACCAACACUUUCCUCACCAUGCAAAGGAAACUCGGUACAGCGGGUCAGAGGAUGGGCGGCUCAGCGGCUUUAUGUCACAUCAGACACGACCCGGUGGCUCCCGGCGAGCACGGCAGCUGCUUCACCCUGAAGGCCGCCAACGUGGGAAGGUGCCAGGCUGUGUUGUGCCGAGAUGGAAAAGCUAUGCAGCUCUCCACCAUCCACACUGUCAAAGAGGAGCCGGAGUACCAGAGAGUCCGGCAGCAUAAUGCCAUCAUCACCGAGGACAACAAAGUCAGUGGUGUAACUGACUCCACCAGAAUUAUGGGAUACUCCUUCCUGUGCCCAUCUGUGACCCCGCGACCCCACGUCUCCACGGUGACGCUCACCCCGCAGGAUGAGUUCUUUCUCCUGGGCAGCCGGGGCUUGUGGGACAUGUUGUCUCCCAGCGAGGCGGUGGAGGCCGUCAGGAACGUCCCGGACGCUCUGGCCGCCGCGAAGAAGCUGGUGACUCUGGCUCAGAGCUACGGCUGCUCCGACAGCCUCAGCGCCGUCGUCGUGCAGCUGAGCAUCACCGAAGACUGCUGCUGUUUCUGCGAGCCGCCGCCUCCGCCUCCCAGCCCCGGCCCGGGUGCGCACGCACACGCCGGCGCUCACCCCUACUCCUCUGCAAGCGGCGACGGCAUACCGCUACCGCCCGCCUCCUCAGGAACCGUCAGUGAGCUGAGCAGUGAGUUCAGCACGUCCGAAAUGAGCAGCGAGGUGGGCUCCACGGCGUCCUCGGAAGAGCCGCCACCCCAAACCGAACCUCUGACGUCUCACCUGAACCUGCCGGGGCGGGCCGGCGUGCGGAGAGCCGCUUGCGGAGGUGGGAACUUCCAAAGGCAGUUCUCCGGAGCUCUGUCUGACAACGGGCUGGACAGCGAGGACGAGGAGCCCAUCGCCGGCGUCUUCUCUAACGGCAGCCGCGUGGAAGUGGAGGCCGACGUCCACUGUCUGCACGGCCGGGACUGCACCGCGCCCCAAACGCACACUCAUGCACACUCAAGCACAAGCAUUCCUCCAUCCGUCGCCUCGAAUCACGAGCCUUCACCUCUCCCCCUCUCCUCCCUGUCUCCCGCCGCCCCUCCGUCCUCUCCUUGCCUCAGCGGGGAGGCUCGGUCAGGGACUCUGGGUCGCAGGGCUCGAGCUAACGGCUCCGUAGCCUGCCAAGGGAGGAGCCAGGACCUCAUAGAGGAGGCGGGCGACGUCCCCGUCAGAAAGCAGGGCGGCUACUUCAACGCACCCGCCCAGCCGGACCCCGACGACCAGCUUAUCAUCCCGCCGGAGCUGGAGGAGGAAGUCCGGCAGAUCAUCCAGCAGCAGCAGCAGCAGGAACAGAUGCAAACACACAACCAGCAAGCACACACCUACCAGAAACCUGCGGACUACUUCGUCACACCUCUCUAACUUCUGUCCCCCUCCUCCACAACAGCUGGUGUCAGUUUCUCAUCCAGUAUUUCAGAGUUAGUUGAGUUUCAGGGAUGGAGAACUGUGGAAUCAGGACCGUCAGUCUUGACGCUCUGCACUGCGUUCAUUCGUACCGCUUCCUCCAAAAACCUAAGAGUGUUCUGAACAUGCUUAAGGACCAGAGAGACUGUGUUUUGUUACAGUUUUUUGUUAUUUACUUUAUUUUGUACUGUUAACUCUAUGCCCCAGGAAACGCAAUGCAAUUUUUAUAACACUUUAUGUUGAUUAAAUCAUCAAAACGUUUAAUGUAAUUGAUUUGAAUUGAUACCAUAUCUUUAAUUUGAAAAAAAAAAAAGCAUUUUGAAUGCUUUUUAUUAGACUUUUGAAUUCAUUCUGUUAAGUGGUACUUUGAAUUCUUCUGUUGUAGCAGACAUUUCCCCUGUUCGUCAUGGUUGUUGGCCUUCGGAGUUAGUGAACUGUCAAACUAACUCCUAGGAGUUUAAUACUUUAAAGUGACCUAGUCACUGAAGCGUACUAAUAUUCUCUGAGAGAAAAGAUGAUUAUUUCAAAAGGCUGUUAUUCCAGGUUCGUGUUCUCGGGGGUGUGCAGAGUUCAGAGUGGUGCUGCAGUGGUGAGUAAAUGCUGAACAGGAGGGAUCCUACAGUUACUACCAGCUCAACGAAUGUUCUCAGAACAGUGUUCAGACUGCUUGAUGAUGGCAAACCGCACAAGAGAGCUACUUUUGCUAUAUAAUAAAUUAAAGUUUUCAGAUAACUGCAA